UUCCCUUUAAAGUAGACUUCUCAUUUCAGAUCGAAUGAACUUGCCCUUCCACACAUUGCAUGACUAUGCCUGUGUCUCUAAGUAUGGGAUUUAGAAUAAAACUCUUCCAUCUUGUCUGUGUCAUCUAUCUUUUUUGGGUUCCAGGUCUGUUGGCUCAGCAGGAUAAUCCUUGUGCAACCACUAAUGCUGAUGAAGCUAAUGGAGUGUGUGGCCUCAAUGGAAUCUGUCAAGUUUCUGGUCAAUCACACGAUUGUACCUGUGCUCCGGGAUUCCAGUUUGUGGAUACCGAUAUCCCAUCAAAGGGAUGCACGCAGAACGCAUCACAGUUACAGAUGUGCGGUGCAAAAGGCGCAAAAAUGGAGACGAUUGAGCAGAUAGAUUGGUCCGGAAACGAUUACGAGGAAUUGAAACCCACGAAUCAAACUGCUUGCAAGAAGGCAUGCAUUGAUGAUUGUUUUUGCAUAGUGGCCAUCUAUGCCGAUCUUGGCGAUGGAGGACACUGCUGGAAGAAGGCAAUGCCUCUCAGAAAAGGCGGUGCAAGCCCUACACGAAUAUCUUUUGUAAAAGUGUACGGCGGAGUUGCUGAAGCCGUACCCCCACCGCCGCCUACGCCGCUGCCAAAGGUAAUAAAGGAGGAGAAGGGAAAGGGGCUUGCAGUUGCUGGAAUAAGCCUUAUGGGUUGCUCCUUAAUCAUUGCAGUGAUUGUGUUAUUUGUUUGGUUGCUUAUAUGCCGGCCCAAGAGGAAAUCCUCGCAAGAGGAUCGUAAGAUUAAUCCGAUGGGACUUAAGGCAUUUAGUUAUCAGGAGCUAGACGCUGCAACUGGAGGCUUCAAGAUAGAAAUAGGAAGGGGAGCUUUUGGGGCGGUCUACAGGGGCGCCUUAUCAGAUGGUAGAGCAAUUGCAGUGAAGAAGUUUGACGAUCAGCUCAAGAAAGAAUAUCCCCCAGAUGGGGAAAAGGAAUUCAGAACAGAGAUGGGUAUCAUCGGAGCAAGCCAUCACAAAAACCUUGUUCAACUCUAUGGUUUCUGUGACGAGGGCUCCCACAGGAUUCUGGUGUACGAGUACAUGCCCUACGGGUCUCUGGACAGCCGUCUAUUUAAAGGUACAAAUGGUCUUGAUUGGGAACUGCGUGUUCAGAUUGUUUUAGGGACUGCGAGAGGAAUCCUCUAUUUACAUGAAGAGUGCAGAGCCCACAUAAUUCAUUGUGACAUAAAGCCUCAAAAUAUCCUACUGGAUGAAAAUUAUUGUGCUAAGAUAUCUGACUUUGGGAUAUCCAAAUUGCUUGGGGUAGAACAAACGAGGACAUUUACUUUGGCCCGUGGCACCAUGGGUUACAUGGCACCUGAGUGGCAGAAGAGUACGGCAGUUUCUGUUAAGGUAGAUGUUUAUAGCUUCGGAGUGGUGCUCUUGGAAGUCAUCUGCUGCAGGAAAAUGUUGCAAUUGGAUGUUCCAGAGGAUGAAGUAAUGUUGUCUGACUGGGUGUACAUCUGCUUCAAACGGGGGAAACUUGCAAAGUUAUUUGAGCAGCAAGAUUGCACAGGUAUGGAGGUAAAACAGUUGGAAAGAAUGGUGUUGGUGGGGCUUUGGUGCGUUCAAGAGGAUCCUUCUCUCAGGCCGUCAAUUAAGAAAGUGCUUCAGAUGCUCGAAGGAACAGUGGAGAUUCCAGUGCCCCCUAAUCCAGGGUCUUCUUUGUCACACACUGUAAACAAUUUAGUCUAAAAUUUCUUGUCUCUUGUCGUAGACUCCCAUGUGACUAGAUUAGUUGUUUUGCAUUAUAAAUUGUACCAUUGCUAACGAAAGCAUCAGUGACAUGACAGGAUAGUGAAGCACCAACAAAUUUGAGCAAUUGUAUCUUUAAGAACAACUAUAGCCCAUGUAGAUUCCACACAGCUAUGUUACUACUAAGGGUAUAGUUACCUUUUAAAACUACACUACUAUUAGUGGUUGUAUUCUAGGCAAUUGUAAUAAUAAUAUUGACAGUAAACUAUAUGUUCAAGUAUUA